AUGUUAGACCAUGAUCACUACUCCUUAUAAAACAAAAAGGAAAGAGCAUAUAUACUAAAUUAUUAUUUCUUUAAUAAUAAUGUGCAUCAUCAUCAUCAUCUGGGUCUCUGACCAAUCAAUGACCAUCAAUUUUAUUUCUCCAUCUUACCCACAGUUACAACUAUGGUGAAGAGCAGUGGGAGCUCCAAUAUGGGAGGACUCAACAACAGCAGCAGCAGCAGCAGCAGCAGCAGCAGCAGCAACAGCAAUAACAUCAGCAGCAGCAGCAGCAGCGGCAGCAGCAGCAGCUGCAGGAGGAAGCAGUACAGAGGUGUUAGGAUGAGGAGCUGGGGAUCGUGGGUGUCGGAGAUUCGCGCGCCGAACCAGAAGACGCGGAUCUGGCUGGGCUCGUACUCGACGCCGGAGGCCGCCGCCCGCGCCUACGACGCCGCGCUGCUCUGCCUGAAAGGCGCGUCCUCGUCCGCCAGCCUCAACUUCCCCGCCGUCUCCCUCCGCUACCACCGCCUCCUCCCCGCUGCAUCCACCACUGCACUGUCUCCGAAGUCCAUCCAGCGGGUCGCCGCUGCCGCCGCCGCCGCCGCUGACGCCGCCUUCUCUCUCCCGUCCCCGCAAACCUCCGACGGCAAUGCAGUAAUCGAAAACCGCCCCUCCGAACGAACACUCGACGCCGACGUCGACGGUGCCGGUAACGAUCCACUGAUCGAGCUCGAGGCGUUUUUCCAGUCGCCCAAGUGCAUGGACUACAUGCUGAAUCCCUGCGCCUUUUUCGCGGGGAGUGAUCAGUUCACCCAAGAGUGCUGCGACGAGGAGGACGAGAUCUCGCUGUGGAGCUUCUGCUGAUCAUGAUCAACAAGUUCAUGGUUACUGACUCAGUUUAUAUAUAUAUAUAUAUAUAAGUAGCCAAAAUUAAUGGCCGUAAUUAAUCUCUUAAUUAUUUUGGUAUGUUUUAAUUGUUAAAGUUCAAAAAAAGUGAUCACCAUGUAGGAUGAACUUGUGUGGAGCUACAUGUUUUAAGGCAGUUCCAUAUAUAGGGUUCUAUACUACAAAUUAUAUAAUAAGUAAUUAGUUUCAAUAUUGUGUAAACUUUGUUGAAUUAUAAAGAGAUGUGAAUUCAUUCACGCAAUGAUCAAUAAUUAUUAUUCUAUUUUUAUAAUUCUUUUUUCUCCUUUUGUAUAAACUGCAAUGAAAGCAUGCAUGGUGAUGA